AUGGCAACACCACAAUUCCCCACUCGGCCAUUUCCAGCAGGAGCUCUAGACGCAUUAUCUGAAGAACAAAGGGAAGAGAUAAACGAAGCUUUCUCCCUCUUCGACCUCGACAAAGACAACCACAUCGACUACCACGAACUCAAAGUCGCGCUAAAGGCUCUAGGUUUCGACCUUCCAAAAUCAGAAAUCUUGACGCUACUCCAAACCCACGGGAUUCCUGCCUCUUCUACCUCUGCCCACCCUGCGCCUGCCACAACCAAACCCACCUUUUCAGGUCCUUCAAGACUGGUCCUUCCUCAUUCCGCAUUUGUCGCUAUUGCCGCUUCCAGGAUCUUGGCUCGCGACCCUAGGGAUGAGAUUUUAAGGGCGUUUGAACUUUUUGAUGCAGAGGGAAAGGGAAACAUCAAUUUGGCGGAUUUGAGAAGGGUGGCUAGGGAGUUGGGAGAAGGAUUGCAGGAGGAAGAGUUGGUGGCUAUGAUUGAAGAGUUUGAUCUUGAUGGUGAUGGUGCCAUUAGUAGGGAUGAGUUUGUGGGGAUUUGCUUGGGAUGA